CAUAUACGAGGAGCAGAAGAAGACACAGAGAGAAUCAUGAAGGAAGUCGUACCCAAGGACCACCGAGUCCACCUUCACUGCUUUGCGUUCGACCUCAGCCUACUAGAGUACUUUCCACAUCCCCGCAUGGGCAUCGUCUGCUACAUCUGCUAUGCAUCAAACCUCAACAUUGCCAAACAAUGUCGG